AUUCGUGGGUCCCAUCCCACCGGCGCGGCGCCCUCCAUGUAUGUAUGUAGUCCCUCUCCCUCCCUGCCGCAUCGUUCCUGAACCCCAAUCCCCAGCCCCAAAUCGGCGACCGUCGGGGAUGAGGACGCGAGCGGCGGAGUGCGGCGAGGAGCUGCGGCUGUCCGUCCCCGGAGAGUACCCCUGCGUCCGGCGGUUCCGUUACCGGCGGCUCCUCACUUUCCUCUGGCUCCAAGGCUAUGGCUACACCUUCGUUGCGAUGCUGAGGCAGACGAACGCCUACCUGUGCGUGUUCCAUCUGAAGCACCUGGUGUCGCAGGGGCAGUGGACCGAAGCCCUGGAGUACAUCAUCCCACGCUUCCUGCCGCGAGUCCCCCGUUCGCCGCCGAGCCUCGAGGCCCGCGUCCUCGUCAAGUUCCUCCGCACGCAGCGCUUGUUCGAGCUGGAAGUAGUCAGGCACCUGGACGAGCAUUCUCUGGACCGGAGAGCCAUGUGGGCUAGAGCAGCGGAGAUCGUCGGGGACUUGGCCAACAGGACUCCGGAGUUCAGAGACCGGCUGCUACUGCCGGACGGCCCGAUGGGUCCGCAGCACGUCCUCCCCAUCGGCUUCGGCUUUGCUCCUUUCCGUCGGAGGCGGCACGUCAAGACCCAUAUCCGUCCUACCGGCAAGCUUGCACGUCAUCGACAUACCCGUCGGGUAGCUAAACUCUAUUUUGACAAGAGGAUGAGCCUGGCUUCUUGCAGCCACAGCACCCAGGAGUUGGCACCUGAAGUCAUAGCUAAGGCGCGGGAUGAUUGGUUUAGGAGAAUUAUGGAGGAAUGUGUUAAAGCUGCUACAUGUCCGGAGCUUAAUGAAGGGCGUGCACUUCAAUCGAGUGCGCGGGGAGGUACCAUGACAUAUCCUGCUAAAAAUUCGGAGGUCAUAUCUACUGCAGAUGCAGGCACAGGUGGAGAAGUUUGUUUUAUCAAGAGUGCUCGUCAGGGUUCCCGUCCAAGAAAGAGGCCAGCACCAGAACAGCCUGUGGACUAUUUAGCUAGAAAAAGGCAACUGACUGCUGGGGCCCAUUGUGAAGCAAACACAGCUCAAGAAGUUUGUUUUACUGAGAGUGCUCGUCAGGGUUCCCAUCCAAGAAAGAGACCAAUGACAGAACAGAUGGAGGACUGUCUAGCUACAAAGAAGCAACUGACAGCUGGGGAUAAUGGUGAAGCAAGUGUCAAAGCUCAGUCGUCCUCGACAGUCUGAUAGUGUGCUUUUGACCGGACAAAGCGAUGCUGUUGGAACACGAUGUUGUUUUGAUGCAUUUGCUGCUUUGGUUCUGUAGUUACCUACUUCAUCCAGGCUUGGAAGCCUCCUACAACAUUUGAGUUCAUGCAAUUUAUGCCACUCUGUUAGUAUUACUGAUUCGAGAUACAGUACAAAGUAAUCCCGGUGAAAACUUAUGCAAUCAUGCCACAGAUUAGCCUUGAUCCAUUCUCAUUGCCCGUCAGAUAAUCGACAUUGUGUACUUUUCCC